CACCAACUCCAGAAGUUCAACGUUUGUAUAACGAUUAGAGCUGUGUUGCUGUAAAAAGAUCCCAUUGCAUGUGGUAUGGAGGCGGUGUCACUGACGCAUUUAAACACGGAGCUAAUAAAAUCGAUGUUUUUAUUUUAGUAUUCCUGUGGACUGUUUUAAAAGUGUCUUAUAUUGCCUCGUUAAGAAAAAAUUGUAAGGCUCAACGCUCUUGAGCGAAGUUGUUGCGCGGAUAGCAUGUGUUUACAGUCUCGAGCGCAAAGCAUGGAGUCGCACGAGCCUCUGACGCAGAGUCGCGCGGAAAACAAAGAGCAGCGGACGAGCAGUUCGACUAAAUGCAACCGUCUUUCUUCGAUGAGCACCACUGACAUCAACGAAAACGGAUGUUUGGCUUUCAUAAGCCGAAGAUGUACCGCAGCCUUGAUGGAUGCUGCAUCUGCAGGGCAAAAUCCUCCAGCUCUCGUUUCACUGACAGCAAACGCUAUGAGAGAGACUUUCAGAGCUGCUUUGGUUUAGGGGAGACUCGCUCUGGUGAAAUCUGCAAUGCUUGUGUUCUGCUGGUCAAACGCUGGAAGAAGCUUCCCGUCGGUUCCAAGAAGAACUGGAAUCAUGUGGUUGAUGCGCGAGGGGGACCCAGUCUGAAAACUACAGUGAAGACAAAGAAAGUCAAAUCCCUGUCCACACGGAUCCGACCGAACCAGCUCAGCAGAGUUCAGAAGGAACUGAAGAGACACAAUUCAGAUGCUCACAGCACCACAUCCAGCACAAGCCCCGCCCAGUCACCCAGCUACAGUAACCAAUCAGAUGAAGGCUCUGACUCUGAGUUGACUCCUGGCUCCGCCCGCUCUCCAGUCUUUUCCUUCUUGGACCUGACAUACUGGAAAAGGCAGCGGGUAUGUUGUGGCAUCAUCUAUAAAGGUCGCUUUGGGGAGGUUCUGAUUGACCCUCAUCUCUACAAGCCCUGCUGUCAGAAAAAACAGGAGCAAGAGGAAGAAGAGGAGGAGGAGGAAGAGGAGGAGGACGGCGAUCUUGAGAAAGAGGAGGUGCAGAGCAGUCAAGAAAUUCUCUCGUCCAUUCAACCGGACUCCUCUCCUCAAAUAAAAAUGGAGCAGGAAGUAGACGAGGAGUGGUGAUGCCACAUUCCCACAGUACUGAUGUGGCAUUCUUAGGAAGCCUUCGAGAGUCGAAACCCCUCUGACACUCUCAAAGACGUUUUCUCGGAUUGCCUUCGAUUCAAGAGCAGCUGGAUCUUUGUUCAUUUUCCUGUUUCCUUCUUCCUUGUUGAGAAUGUGUCUCUUUCAUUUCCUCCACAGUCAAAUCAACCUUUAUUUAUCAAAUUGAACUGACGUCCUUGUUUGCCAGUGCCUGGUACCACACUGUUCCCUUUCCUAUGAGGAUUUUUGUUUUUUUGUAGACCAGAGAAAAUUAGUUUCAUUUUUUGCUAUCCCACUCAAAACACAGAAUGCUGGAUCUACAUACAUCAUGCAUAGAAAUCUAGACAGUGACCACAAUGCUACGCUGUCACUCCUUGAACACCAUUCUGCCCUUCCUUAGGGGAGUCUCUCUGCACUUAGUGUACAGUAUUUAGUGUACAGCAAGCGGCAUCUGCUAAAUUGUAGCCCACUUUGCUGGGAUAUAACCAUUAUUUAGGGAAGAUCUUUGCCUUUUAUAUAUUUAUUUUUUCUGUCUUUGUCUUUAUCGUUAAGGUGUACUCUGAUUUUUUCCUCUCGGUUUUAUUUAAAGUGUCGUCAUUCUGUCGUUAACCCUUAUGCUGUUCCAAACCUCUUUCAAUUUCUUUCUUUUUUUUGUGGAACAAAAAAAGUUAGUUUUUGAAGAUCAUCUAGUUGCUUUAUUCAAAAUAAUGGAAGUGAAUGGGGACUGGAGCUGUCAAGCUCCAAAGUCACUAAAGCAACCCAAAAGUAUCUUAAAAAUUGAGCCUUGCUCUAAGCUCCAAGUCUUUUAUAGCCAUAUGAUAGCGAUAAACCAAAGUUUAUGUCAUAUGGACUACAUUUGAGAAAUUUUUACAGUGCUUUUUGUCAUUUUGGAGCUUGUCUGCUUCAGGUCCCCUUCACUUUUACAAUACAGA